UAGAUGUCAAACUUAAGGCGAACUAAUCUAAAAAAUGCAAUAUUUCCCGAAAAACAAAUACCUCUCAGGCAUUUAAUCAAAGUAAAGAAUAUAUUUGAAUAAUGGUUUACCUAUCUCAAGAUAAGCAAUAAUGGUUUCCUUUGAGCCGACCAGCGUAUUAUCAAUAUUUAUUUUAUGACAGUUUAGUAACAUUGAUAGAAAGUGAUGUCGCUGUGUAGGACAUUUUUUGUAUAAUUGUUGAUGUUUUAUUAAUUUUAUUUGUUGUUUGGUCGGGUAGGGGAGUUUUUAAAAGUGUUGACAAUAUUUGUGUGCAAUUAGGACAACAAAUGCGAUUGAUAUGCGAACAAGAAACUGUGAAAUGGAAAGUGAUAUAUGCCUUAUUUAUCAGAAAAUGAUCUCAUCGUAUAUAUAAAGUAAUUAUAAAUAGUUUAAUCGAGCUUGGAGUUUGAAGAAAAUCAAAAUAAUUAAGGCCAGUGGUGCUGACGACGGUUUUAUGCAUUUAGUAAGAUGAAGAAGCAAUUUUUCAGGGUGAAACAAUUGGCCGAUCAAACUUUGGGGAAGGCUGGAAAGACUGAGGACUUGAAUUACCCAGAACUGCAACAGGCCGAUAAACAAAUUGAAUUUUUACAUGAAUCGUUGUCUUCCCUUAACAAAAAAAUCCCCACAAGUCCCGCCAGCGGAGAUGGAGACCGAAGAAUGAAAAAGACGUUGGAAUACCAACUGUCGCAACUGUAUAAGGACGAUAAAAAUGGCGAACCCGAUCGCCUGUUUGCGCCGAUUUUCAAAAAGUUCUCCGAAAUCCAACAUGACUUGGCCAAAGAGUUCGCUGAGCACGAGUACAAGGUCGAAGAUAUGGUCGGAAAUCCAUUGCAGAAAAUACUCGAGCUCGAUUUUCCGAACAUCAUCAAGAACAAGAAAAACCUCAGCAAGUAUAUCUUGGACAAGGAUUCCGCCUCAAGCAGAUAUCAGUCUAGUCAAAAGGACACAAUUAAGGAAAUAAUGGAAGAGGCGGACCAGAAGGUGGAACAAACUAGGGACAUUUUGGCGUUGGAGAUGUUCAACGUGCUGUCGAAGGAAAGCGAGAUGGCUUCAUGCAUUCUGCAAUACCUGAAGCUGCAGCGGGCCUACUACGACAGCGCGUUCAACUACCUGGACAGCAACAUACCGGAGCUGGAGAAGUGCAUCGGGAACAGCAGCGUGAAGAAAAUGUUCGGGACGUCGCUGGAAGAGCACUUGCGGGUGAACAAGCGACACCUGGCGAUGCCUUUGGAGAUUUGCAUUACGGCCUUGAGCGAGCGAAUGACGGAAGAGGGGUUGUUUCGGGUGGCGGGCAGCAUUUCCAAGAUAAAAAGACUGAAGGCCUCGCUUGACUCCGGUUUUUUUCGCGGCUUGAUACCGGAGUACCACGACGUGCACGUGCUUGCGAGUAUAAUAAAGUGUUACUUAAGGGAGCUACCAGAUCCACUUUUAACAUAUCAUCUGCACGACGAGUGGAUGCAGUCGGUGAAGCACCCGGACAACCAGGAGAGGACCGGCGUGAUCAAAGGCUUGCUGCAACGACUGCCGGACGGCAACAGAGACAAUUUGGCUUACUUGGUGCAGUUCUUGGCGAAACUGACGCAGCACAAGGAGAACAAGAUGAACGCUUCCAAUAUGGCGGUGGUGAUAGGGCCGAGUUUGCUGUGGGAUCAGAACGAGCAGACGCAGGUGAACAUGGGGAACUGCGCGACCAUCAACAUGCUCGUGGAAAUUUUUAUCAAGGAGGUGCACACUUUUUUCCCCGACGACGUCAGCAAGCUGGUGAAGAUCGAUCAUUUGUACUGCGACCUCGAGCACAAAUACCACAGGUACGAGGACAUCGGCACAAGUAACGAGAGCAUCAACAACAUCGACAGCCCGCGGCCGUUCCAGCGCGCGGGCAAGAAGCGCGCGCCCGACAUCCCGAUACCGAGCAAGACCGAUCAGGACAUCCAGCCGACGAACAACGACGCGGCGCGAAGCAUGACGGCCUCGUAUCCGUCGGGCAGCAACACGCUGCACCGUCCGCCCAAGUCCAAGCCCAAGUCCACCGUCGGAGUCAACACGGACGAGAACUACUUGAGCUUGUCGAAAAGCAAAAACAUCAAUGCAGAGGAUCACAACCAGACUCUAGUCAAACCACUUAGCAACGAAGUGAAAGCGAUAAAAUCCUUGAAAAUCAACCUGAGCCAACCGCCGAAACCCGACAAUAACUUCAUAUCGUUCGACGAAACUUUAGAACCGCAGUUGGUCGAGCACAAAUACGCGACGCAAGCGGCCGCCAACGCGCAAAUAUCUAAAGCCAAACCGGUGGAGCUCGCGCAAGCGCAAGAAACGGAGACCGUCAGAGCGACGGCGGUUUUCAAGGUGGGCCAGCCGAUCGCGGCGCCGCGAGCCCCGCCGAACGAGGAGGCGGAAGAGGUGGCUCUGCGCAGGCCGGACGCGGAGCGGCCCGCCAAGCCGGAAGUCCCGGCGCGACCGGCCUCCCUGGCCGUCAAGCGGUCUUCGGCCGAGGACCCGGCGCCGCACAGGACGCAGUGUUCCGUUUACAGCGUCGCCAGCAGGCAGCAAGCGUGCCUGGUGAACGUGGCGAACAGCGCGGAGCAGUUCCAGCCGGGGCACGACACGCAGAUGAGCCACAAGGAGCGGUUUUUGCACCACAACGAUCAGAAGGCGGUGCCCAUGCCGCGCAUGAGUCUGAUCAAGCAGUCGAACGAGUCAAAUUCCAAGGCUGCCGAUCAGGCGCCGAAGUCGAACGACCUGCCGCCGAAGUGCUACGACAACCUGUCGAAGUCGAACGAGAAGCUGAACGAAACGAACGGCAAUCCGAAACCUAGUCACGUCCGGACAAAGUCGGACGGCAACAUCGCUUGCGAUAUCUCGCCGACUUCGCUGCUAAAAACGCCCCCGUCCCCCCGCAGCCUGAACAAACCCACGCAGCCGCCCCCCCCCGCCUCCCACCGCCGCCAAAAAGGGCGACAGCACGGACUUAUAGACUGUUUCAAUUUUAGGUUUUUUUAACACUUUGAGAUCAAAACGUUUUUAUAUAUUGUUACUCUAGUGAAGUUAUGAAAUUUUAUAAAGUUUAAUGAUAACGUUGUUAACUGCAUUUUACCAUUAUCCAGCGUUGCCAACUUUUUUUAUCGAGAUAUAUCCCUGGGGUUAUGCGAAUUUUUCCAGAUAUUCCCCUGGGAAUUUGUUUAAUUGAUUUUUUUUUGAAAAGCACAAUUUUUUUUUUGGGUGUGGUAUUGAAACUAAAAAAAAACAAUUUAUGAAAAAUAAAAAUUGAUAACUAAACAAACACAAAUAUUAAAUUAUUUGCUUCCAAGAAGGUUUAAAAAAUUCCCCAGACCAGGAAAAUUAUCCCAGGGUUGGCAACGCUGCCAUUAUUUUUCUACAAAUGGUGUUCUAUGUCCAUUUUUUAUUUGUUCACUUUCAGUUAAAACGCUAUUUAUUUUUAUUUAUAUUUUACUAAUAAACUAUAGAACACCAUCGGUAAGGAAUUGAUUAAUACAAUCAUUUUUUAUGUUUAAUGUUUUUAAAGGUUUGUACUUUUUUAUUAAUACCUGCUGCAUAGAGUUUCAAGCAAAAUUUUAUAACCACCAUUUAAUAUAUUAAACUAUUAAAAUAUCAGCAUAUCAAUUAUGUUAAAUAAGUAAAUAAAAAUAUUGAACAUUGCCAUUUUAUUGUAGUCAAAUAAAUAUUUUGCUUUAUUAUACUUAAACUAAUGUAAAUAUUUCUUCAAGCGAAAACGGUUUGCUGUCUGCAAGGUAUACUGUAUAGUGACAAUUUCAGGAAUUUCUUCCUCAUUUUAUGCUUUUAAUAGUUGGUAUAUUAAGUUUUUUAUUCCUGCAUAUUAUUUUUCGAAUGCAAUAAUCCUGUAUGGUUGAGUCAAUCAACGCCUGUAUGUUUGUUAUAUUGCAAUAAAAAACUAAAAUUUAA